AAAAAUUCCAAUCACGUGACUACUGUUGGACCAGGAAGCCACUCGGUUGCAUCAAAACAAAUCAAGACGAGCUUCUGGAGGCGCCGAAAAACACAUUUUCCGCGGUCAGUUAGCGUCAUAUUCGCGUCGACAUGGACGAAACACUCUUCCAACUAAAGUUCACAUCCAAGCAGCUUGAGAGACUCGCCAAGAAGGCCGAGAAGGAGUCAGAGAAGGAGCAGGCCAAAGUCAAGAAGGCUUUGCAACAGAAAAACGUGGAAUGUGCUCGAGUCUACGCAGAGAACGCCAUCCGGAAAAAGAACGAAGGCCUGAACUGGCUGAGGAUGGCGUCACGAGUCGACGCCGUGGCCUCCAAAGUCCAGACCGCCGUCACCAUGAAGGCCGUGACCAAAAACAUGGGUCAGGUGACCAAAGCUCUGGACAAAGCUCUGAACUCCAUGGACCUCCAGAAGGUCUCUGCUGUCAUGGACAAGUUUGAAACCCAAGUCCAGAACCUGGACGUCCACACCUCGGUGAUGGAGGACUCGAUGAGCUCGGCGAUGACUCUGACUACGCCUCAGGAGCAGGUGGACGAUCUGAUCCACCAGAUAGCAGAAGAGAGCGGCCUGGAGGUGAUGGACCAGCUCAACCAGCUGCCUGCUGGAGCCACAUCAGUGGUGGGAGGAGAGAGUUCACGGAGCCAGGAGAAGGAGGACCUGCUGUCCCGACGGUUGGCGGCUCUGAGGAACUAAAAUCUGCUCUAUGAGUCGACGGCGGCGAGGAAGAGGACGAGUUUUAGCGUCGCCGGGAGGCUGAGUGUGUUUCUAUUGAACUGUUCCGACCGGGAGGACGUAACGAGCCUAUUGAUUACCCCCCUCCCCCCGCCGAUCUAUAAAUACGUACGAACACAGCCGACAGAAACACCACCUGAGAAGAGUCUCUACGGUUCACCUUCCCGGUCCCAUCCGGCUUCCUCUCCGGUCCCUCAGCGGAUCUCCUUUUACCUUCAAAUCUGAAGUUCUGGAUCAUAGAGAAACAAAAAACACACAUUUGACAAAUGAAUAGUUUUAAUAUAGCGAUUAUAAGGGUUUCGGUGCAGGUGGGGGCGUUUUUAUGUGGUUUUUUUUGUGGGUUUAAAUGGACGAAUCUGCUAAAAGGAAGGAUAAAAUGUAAAUUUAAUACUUAGAAAUUGACACUAAAACUCCAGAUUCUCCUUCAUUUAUGGGAUUCGUCCUCACAAAGACAAUCCUUCUGUUUCUCGGUGGCUGACAUUCGCUUCCUUUCUCCUCUCUCAUGCCUGUAUUUGUUUGUUUUUCGCUUGAAACGCCUUAUUUUGGGAUGCAGGACGCUUGCUUUAGGUGCUUCCUCCGCCAGUGCCUGAAGGACGCUAGUUUAGAGGAACCGUCUCUUCGUCUCCGGUGUCCGUCACAGGUGGACAGCUUUUAUCUCCCGUCUCCUUUUUGCAGUUUUGGGUGUUUGAUGUAACUGAAACCAGGUUUGGAUAUUUUGGGAAGCUCCUCCGUCUCCAUCCAGAGGAAAAGUCACUUCAGAGUAAAAGCAGCUGGUUCACCUUUUAAAGUUCACUUCCUGUUGAUGCAGUAGAUGGAGAGGAGCAGCGUCAGAACUAAAUCUGAAGAAAAUAAAUCAACUACCAGACCUCCUCAGAAUCAUCUGGUUCUUCAUCUGCAGUAACUUUAUUAAUGAUCAGAGUUCUACCUUCAUACUGUGGAUAUUUCAGAGUUCCAGGUCCUUAAAGUCCACAGAGGCGAGUCCAGAAUGACAUUAAAUUUGUCCAAAAUGACUCAAAAAUAAUCCAAAAUUACAGAAAAUUAGUUCAGAAUGACAUGAAAUUUGUCCGAAAUGACUCAAAAUGAUCCCAAAGACACAAAAAUGAUCCAAAAUGACAGGAAAAAAUCCAAGUUGAUGUAAAACUUGUUGAAAAUGACAAGAAAAUUGUCCAGAAUGAGUCAGAAUUCACCUAAAAUUACCCAAAAAUGAUCCAAAUUGACAGAAAAUUUGCAGAAUGACACAAAAUGAGUCCACGAUCCUUCACAAAUAAUAGAAAAUGACUCAAAAGUGAACCAAAAUUACAGGAAAUUUGUUGAAAAUGACAUGAAAAUGGUCCUAAAUUGCUUGAAAAUGAUCCAAUUUCUGGGUCAAGAAUUGUCUGAUCUGGUGUCAGUUUUUAGCAGAACUCAAAUGUGUUUUUCAUCAAAAAUUUGUCAAAGUACAUGUAAGUCGUCUGAAAUUAGACAAAAAUCUUUAAGAUUUGUCCAAAAAAAAUGACGUCUUUCAAAAUUACUCAAUACUUCCCCAAAUUAUUCAAAAAAAUGUUCAAAAGGACCUGAAAUUGUGUCCAAAAAGACCUGAAAAUUGUCCAAAAGAACUCAAAAACUGUAGAAAUGGCUCAAAAAUGUCCAAAAUGAGUCAAAAUGCUCUUCAGACUGUGACACCUGGAUGGAUGUAAAUCUGAUUUGGUGUCAGUUUUCAACAGAACUCAGAUGUGUUUUUCAUCUGGAAAAUGUCAAUAUAAAUGAAAUGACAAAUAUUUCAGUCAUUUUGGACAAAAUUGGAGUCAUUUUGAAGUCAUUUUAGACAGCUUUGUGUCAUUUUGAAAAUAUUCUCAGUAGUUUUGCAUCAUUCUUCAGUCAUGGACAGAUUUUUGAGUCAAUUGGAAUCAUUCAGAUCCAUUUCGGACAAAUUUCCAGUCAUUUUUCAAGUUGUGGACAGUUUUCGUGUCGUUCUGGUUCUCACCUGGAUGGACGUAAAGGCAAGACAAGGCAAGGCGUCUGUAUUUGUACAGCACGUUUCAUACAAAAGAACAACUCUGUGUGCUCUGAGUUGCUCUGAUGUGAAACUGAUCUGGUGUCAGAUUUUACCAGAACUCAGGUGUGUUUCUCCUCCUAAAUGUCCUGGUUCUAUCUGCUGGACUGAUGAAGUUCUGAGGAUCAGAAAUGAUGGAAAAAGUCCAUUAAAAAGUGAUAAAUCUGGACCCACCUCUAUGGAACUCUGGGAAUAUUCCCAGGAUGAAGGUAGAACUCUGAUCGUUGAUAAAGUUACUGGAGAUGAAGAACCAGAUGUGGUUGAUUUUUUGUUUGUUUGUUUGUGAUGAUCAGCGGGACGAAGCCGACCCUCCACGUGUGACGGAGCAGCUUCACGUUUUCAGUUUCUCGUCCGUUUCCACACUGAGGGUUCAUUUCUACUCUGCAGCACUUUUCUUUUGUAUAUUUAUCUUGUGAAAAUAAAAUCAAUGCCCUCUGA